AUGACUAGUAGAAAUUUACACGAAGAAGCUAAACAUUUAAAAAACCUAUCUUAUGUAGCUAAUACUGAAAAAAACACUACUAAAUGGCUCCAUCAUGUUGACAGAUAUCGUCAAGCAAAUAAUAUUGAUAAAACGAUUGAUCAAAUUGACAAUAAAGCUGAACUCAAUGAAUUUUUAAGUUUGUUUAUUGCAUGGCUUACAAAAAUUAAUGGCAAACCAUUUAAAGUUGAAUCAAUUAACAACUGUUAUGCUGCAUUAGCAUGCUAUUUAUGUAAAAAUUCUUUUAUUUCAGAUAAAGUUAAUAUUUGGGACAAAUAUACAUUUUCAAGAACAAUCCAA